ACAAGCCAAAGAUAAACACGUAGCCAGACGAGCAGGGGCCACGGUACCUGAAUAUCACCGAGAGGCCGCGGAGCAACCGUGCAAAUGGAGUAGCUGCUGAGAACACAGCGACAGCAGCAGCCCAGCGGAGCCGUCACACACACACACAGGAGCGAGUCGUCUGCAGACAUCGAGUCGGAUCUGUAGCCGAGUCCAAAAUGGUACGAUCAGCCUUGGUGACUGCCACCAGUCUGGCACUGACUGGGGCUGUGGUGGCCCACGCUUACCUCCUCAAGCACCAGUUCUACCCGACUGUGGUCUACCUCACCAAGAGCAGCCCCAGCAUGGCGGUGUUGUACAUUCAGGCCUUUGUGCUGGUGUUCCUGCUGGGAAAGUUCAUGAGGAAGGUGUUUUUUGGUCAGCUAAGAGCUGCAGAAAUGGAGCAUCUCAUCGAGCGCUCCUGGUACGCCGUCACUGAGACCUGUCUGGCCUUCACUGUGUUCAGGGACGACUUCUCCCCCCGCUUCGUCGCCCUCUUCACCCUCCUCCUCUUCCUCAAGUGCUUCCACUGGCUGGCCGAGGACCGGGUGGACUUUAUGGAACGAAGUCCAAACAUCUCCUGUGUUUUUCACUUGAGAGUAUUGUCUCUCAUUGGACUGCUGGGUGUCCUGGACUUCCUGUUUGUCCACCAUGCCUGUCAAAGCAUCAUUACCAGAGGAGCCUCAGUCCAGCUGGUGUUUGGAUUUGAGUAUGCCAUCCUGAUGACUAUGGUGCUUACGACCUUCAUCAAGUACGUUCUGCACACAGCUGACCUACAGAGUGAGAAUCCCUGGGACAAUAAGGCCGUGUACAUGCUCUAUACCGAGCUCUUCACAGGUUUCAUCAAAGUGCUCCUGUACAUCGCCUUCAUGACCAUCAUGAUAAAGGUUCACACCUUCCCUCUGUUUGCCAUUCGCCCCAUGUAUCUGGCCAUGAGGCAAUUCAAGAAAGCGGUGACAGAUGCUAUAAUGUCUCGGAGAGCCAUUCGCAACAUGAACACACUAUACCCUGAUGCUACUCCUGAAGAUCUGCUGGCUUCCGACAAUGUUUGUAUCAUCUGUCGAGAGGAAAUGGUCACUGGAGCCAAGAAACUUCCUUGUAAUCACAUUUUCCACUCCAGCUGCUUGCGCUCCUGGUUCCAGCGCCAGCAGACCUGUCCCACCUGUCGAAUGGACGUCCUCAGAGCUUCCAAUAACAAUCAGACUCCUGCCCCAGCCCAGGCCCCGCCUCCUGCCCCUGCAGCCCCUGCCAACGCGCCCGCAGUCCCGCCUCCAAAUGUGGCUCCCGGCAUGUUACCAGGCUUCCCACCUGGCAUCUUCCCUUUCUGGGGUCCCUUCCCUGCAGGGCCGCCUCCUCCUGCUGCCGCGGCUGCAGCUGACGGCCCUGGUGCCGCUGAUGCUGCCCACAGCAGCACCGAGGCAUCUGGUACCAGUCAGCCUUCAUCAUCUACUGCUGACACCUCCGCAGCAGCAGCUGCUCCAGGAUCAGCAAUGCCAGGCUUUCCCUUCUCCUUCCCUCCUCCUCCCUUCCCCUCCGCACCGUGGCUGCCCAUGCCACCACCUCCUCCCUUCGUGUCCUCCAUGCCGCCACCUCCUCCGUCUCUGUCCCGGAUGUCCGAGGAGGAGCUCCGGGAGCUGGAGGCUGAAGGCCGGCAAGGCCUCGAGGCCAGACUCCAGUGUCUCCAAAACAUCCACACCCUGCUGGACGCUGCCAUGCUCAACAUCCACCACUACCUCAGCACCGUCGCCACCCUCACUCCACCUCGGGCUGAGGGCAGCACAGGAGAAGCCAGUGGGACAAACCUCUCUGCUUCAGCUGCUUCAUCUGCUUCCUCUGCUGCAGCUGGCAGCAGCUCAGAGAGUCCGAGCCAGGAGACAGACUCAGGACCCAGCUUGGAUCCGGUGAAUGGUGCUUCAGUCUCCUCUCAGGCCGCUGAUUCCACCUCCGCUGCCUCGGAAACGGAAAGUAGAGAAAACAUUGAUGAAGAGUUGCUGGAGGAUGAGGUGGAGGGCGGAGAACCUAACGCUGCCGAGCUGAGGCGCCGCCGUCUUCGCAAGUUGGAGUCGGCCUCGUCGUCCUCCUCACCCCCUCCAGACAACUGAUCCCUGUGUUGACUCGGACAAAUCGCUCUGGACAAACACGAACUGUGAGCCGAUUGAUCUUUGCUUCGGUUCUUCGCUGCCUCCGCGGCUCUCGCCUUCCACGGGCUCAGGUUUCUAACCGUGUCGAGAUGGACUCAGGCUGCGGAGAGAGGCAGUGACCUUUUAGUAAAGAUUCUGUAAUGCUUACCUGGACUGUUUCUGUGUCCGAAAGCAAUAGCGCAAUUUUGUUCCCAUGACCUCCCAGAAUGACCUCUGCAAUAACAACACUGCAGGUGUUUGUAUGUGUAAAACGGUGGAAGAUGAAAUCUCAAGUCAGUCCCAGAUAUUUGGUCGACGUGACGAGGAUGGUAUUUGGAUUUGUGUUUGCUAGUUUUACUGUCGGUGACGUAUUUGCCUGCACUUUGAUUUUUGUUUAAUUCAGCUUUCUUUCGUAUAACAUUUGGACCCAUUCACCACAUCAACAUGUUACAACGAACCAGGAUCAGUGUCCGAUCAAGUGGAUAUCAAUCGAGGGAUCUUAAUCAUCUACUUCUUUUUUUCUUUAACAUACAUCAGUCCUCAGUUUCCUGGUUUGUCCACACUGCAGACGCUGUAACAUACUGAUUCAUUUGAAUGUGUACAUACUGUAUAGAGUUUUAAUAGGAUGAUCUGUACAUAAUGCAGAAUAAACUGUUGGACUGAAACCACA